UUUUAAAAAAAUUGAGAUAAGUUGGGUGCAGAAAAUGAAAACAGAACUCACAUUUGAUAUGACAAGCGUUCUUUGUCCCAAGAGACUAGUUCAGCACCUGACAUAAGUGAGCUAUUCUGUAAAUAGUUGUUAAAUGAAUAAAUAAUGAGGCCCAAGCAGGUAAUUUACACAAAGUAAAACAGAAUGACUGAGCCUACACUGGCACCCGCUUCUGCUGACUUAGAAGACCCCUAAGUAGUUCAGCUUGGCAGGUGAGAGAAGAAACAAGGCCCAGGCUUACCUCUGAGGUAUGCACCCCCACCUCCUCCAGGGACCUCAUUAGAGAUGUUUAGCUGGGCAAGUGUAAGCCCAGGCCCUGGGAGACAGGGCGGGGCGCUGGAGCCACACCGCCUCUGCCCCUUCAGUAAGGGCUGGCCCUGGUUGUGUUGCUAAGAGCUUCAGAAGUCAGGGAAGAGUCACAGCUGGAGAUCAAGGGCAGCCUCUUCAAGGCAGGCAAGCAGGCAAGCAGUAGCCCCCACCUCCUGAAGCCACCCAUCAAUCAGCAGAGGCCCUGGGUAUCUCACAUCCAAGCAUCAGGCCACAGAAGCAUGAACCAGGACAGCAAAGUAAAGACGACGGAGUCCAGCCCCCCUGCCCCACCCAAGGCCAGGAAGUUGCUGCCUGUCCUCGACCCAUCUGGGGAUCACUACUACUGGUGGCUGAACACGAUGGUCUUCCCAGUAAUGUAUAAUCUCAUCAUCAUCGUGUGCAGAGCCUGCUUUCCUGAUUUGCAACACAGUUAUCUGGUGGCCUGGUUAGUGCUGGACUACACAAGUGACCUGCUAUACCUACUGGACAUCGUGGUGCGCUUUCACACAGGAUUCUUGGACCAGGGCAUCCUGGUGGUGGACAAAGGCAGGAUUUCAAGUCGCUACGUUCGCACUUGGAGCUUCUUCUUGGACCUGGCUUCCCUGAUGCCCACAGACUUGGCCUUCCUGCGUCUGGGCCCACACACUCCUACAGUGAGGCUGAACCGCUUCCUGCGUGCGCCCCGCCUCUUUGAGGCCUUUGACCGCACAGAGACCCGCACAGCUUAUCCAAACGCCUUUCGCAUCACCAAGCUGAUGCUUUACAUUUUUGUUGUUAUCCAUUGGAACAGCUGUCUAUAUUUUGCCCUGUCCCGGUACCUGGGCUUCGGGCGUGAUGCCUGGGUGUACCCUGACCCCGCACAGCCUGGCUUUGAGCGUCUGCGGCGCCAGUACCUCUAUAGCUUUUACUUCUCCACGCUGAUCUUGACCACUGUGGGUGAUACGCCGCUGCCAGCGCGGGAGGAGGAGUACCUCUUCAUGGUGGGCGACUUCCUACUGGCUGUCAUGGGUUUUGCCACCAUCAUGGGUAGCAUGAGCUCUGUCAUCUACAACAUGAACACUGCAGAUGCAGCUUUCUAUCCAGACCAUGCACUGGUGAAGAAGUACAUGAAGCAGCAGCAUGUCAAUCGCCGACUGGAGCGGCGAGUUAUUGACUGGUACCAGCACUUGCAGAUCAACAAGAAGAUGACCAACGAGGUAGCCAUCUUACAGCACUUGCCUGAGCGGUUGCGGGCAGAAGUGGCUGUAUCUGUACACUUGUCUACUCUGAGUCGGGUGCAGAUCUUCCAGAACUGUGAGGCCAGCCUGCUAGAGGAGCUGGUACUGAAGCUGCAGCCCCAGACUUAUUCGCCGGGAGAAUAUGUCUGCCGCAAGGGGGACAUUGGCCGGGAGAUGUACAUCAUCCGUGAGGGUCAGUUGGCUGUGGUGGCAGAUGAUGGCGUCACACAGUAUGCUGUGCUUGGUGCAGGGCUCUACUUUGGGGAGAUCAGCAUCAUCAACAUCAAAGGAAACAUGUCUGGGAACCGCCGCACAGCCAACAUCAAGAGUCUAGGUUAUUCAGACCUGUUUUGCCUGAGCAAGGAGGACCUGCGUGAAGUCCUGAGUGAAUAUCCAAAGGCCCAGGUUGUCAUGGAAGAAAAGGGCCGUGAGAUCCUGCUCAAAAUGAACAAGUUGGAUGUAAAUGCUGAGGCAGCUGAGAUUGCCCUACAGGAAGCCACAGAGUCUCGACUACGAGGCCUCGACCAGCAACUUGAUGAUCUACAGACCAAAUUUGCUCGCCUCCUUGCUGAGUUGGAAUCUAGUGCACUCAAGAUCGCUUAUCGCAUUGAACGGCUAGAGUGGCAGACUCGAGAGUGGCCAAUGCCUGAGGAAAUGGCUGAAGCUGAUGAUGAGGGCGAGCCUGGGGAGGGAACUUCCCAGGGUGGAAAAGGCAGGACUGGCCAGGAGGGACUCCCAGACCCAGAGUGACCCAUUCCUAUCCCUAGGACCCCUACUUCCAAGGGAAUCCAGAGUUGUAGGAAAGCCUGCCGGCAGAAAUUCUGCUAUCCUGUCUGCUAGGUUCAGAGAUGGGAAUGAAUUGGGGGUAUAAAUGCUCACCUAGAGAUAUAGGAGUAUAGCACCCAUUCGCAUCCCACUCCCCAGCGCACCCAUACACACAUAGACACACCCAUAUACACAUAGACACACAGACACACACAUAGACACACAGUUGCAUAUACACAUAUUGCACUCAAGACUGCAUUCCAUAUAAAAUACUCUCGAGUUCCCAUUUUCAGAACACAUAUGCUUUCUCACAAACAUAGGUAUGUCUUAUACCCACAUAAUACAUAUGCAUUCAUGCACCUCAUAAAGACCCAUAUACUGAGACACACACCAAUAGACACACAAAUGCCCUCCACAGGUGUGCACACCCUUGUGAACACACAGAAACACACCCAGAGCCCUUUUCUUUACAGAUAUCCUUUAAAUGCCUCUCACAAGGGAGUUCACAAAUGUAGCCUGCAAGUUGCACUUCAAUAAAGUAUUUGCCUCCUCAUUAAGCAUUUUUGGGAGUGACAGGAAAAGGCAAAGCCAAUAGAGGGCCAGGAUGAAUUCUGUCUGAAUUCUGAGUCACCCGGAAAAAAGAGCAUGUGCUGUGUAGUAGUUGGUAGAUUUGAUUCAACAGGGGCCUGGGAUACAUGAUAAAUUGAGAAUCAGUGCUGAGCCAAGGCAAAGCAGGAUCAUGAAUCACAUGAUGUAAGUGUGCACAUGCUCUCAUAGAUAAUAGUCACAUAUACACACUGACCAUUAUAUUUCAUUCCAGAGUAUGUAUCUUUAACUUUGUGAACUCUGAGUGAUUUGACCUAGCUUAGUGGACCAGAGUAGACACCUCUUCUCCUUCUUCCUUCCUCUGGCCCAGUCCUGGAGCCUGAGGGCAGAAUAGAGCUACUUCAUGUUCAGGACUGAUUUCACAGGGAGGAUAGUUCACAGGGCCACUCACCUAGCCCUGCUCUACUCUGUCAGUUGUUGGAGCUGGCUUUGGUGCUGGCAGAAAUCCAACCGUCCCUCUAUAUGGUAUUUUUACUUUUUUACU